GCCGGCGUCAUAUCUCUUCAAUCCAUCAGUCUGUCUACCGCCAUGGCGAUUGAGAACUUCAUCUCAGAUCUAUAUCGGCCGCUAAGGGAAUACCGUCACCGUUCCGGGAAGCGACGACGAGUCGGUGCCGAAUUAGCGAACAUUCCUCCGAUCAGCAAACUCGGAGAGGAUCUCCUCGUAGAAAUCCUGAUUCGCCUCCCCAAUCCUAGAUUCGCCUGCCAGUGUAAACUCGUCGGCAAGCGGUGGAGCUCCCUGAUCUCCAGUCCUGGCUUCAACCGCCGUUUCGUUUCUCACCGCCAGACCAUGAACCUGACCCACCCGCCUAUGCCGGAAAAUCCAUUCGAGCUGCAAUCGACCAUCCUCAGCAUUCUCCCUCCAAUGCCUAGCGCCGUUCGAAGCAUUCUAAGAGUUUUGGAUUGCAACCAAGACCUGGUUCUGUGCGGGUUUUGGGAUCCAAAUUCUGACAAUGGGGAACUUGCCAGGUCGUACUUGGUCUGCAAUCCGUUUACCAAGCGGUGGAUGGCUCUUCCUUUAGCGCCCAGGAAGCCUGUGACUUAUAAAUGGCCGGUUGCAAGGUUAGUUUGUGAACCCCGUAUUUCUGUCGAGCUUAGAUCUAGGAGAUGACCAAGCAUUUGUUUAUUCCGAACAUCGCUUUCGGGUGGUGUGUAAAUAUCAAACCACUCAACAAAAUGAUGCCAUUAAACUAGACGUGUUUUGUUCCGAGUCUGGAGAAUGGACCAAGGAGGCUUUUGUCUGGGAUCGUUGGAUCAAGAAGCGUAAUUUCUUGCAAUGGGGAGUUGUUUUUGAAGUAUACUCAGUAUGGUCCCAAUAGCAGGCGUAUUCUUGUGGAUGGAUUUAAUCCCUUUCGCCUUGAUAUGCCUCCUACUCCUAUUGAUAUAUCUGCAUUCGACAUGUAUCCGCGGUCGUUUAUCUCCAACUCAGAAGGUGCCUUGCACUUAAUUGCACUAGAACACGAAACCAUACCUAUUCGUUUAAGCGUCUGGAGGCUGGCUGAAGACGGUAAAUCAUGGAGGAAACAAUGUGGGGGGUUGGUGAAUAAAACAUCACUGUGUUGUAACUAUGAAGCUGAGGGAUGUUAUGAACCGUUUCUGCAUCCAGAUAAGCUGGAACUUGUUUUCUUCAGUCGGGUUCUUCAUAUUGAUAAGAACGAUAUAUUAUGCUGCGAUUUGAGGAGGGAAGAGCUACAGUUUUUCACUAAACUAGAAUGGAAGCAUGAUGCCCAUUAUCUUCAGGUGUUUCAGCCUAGGGUUUCUUGUUGGGCUACUCCAAUUCCAACGCACAAAGAGUUGGAAGGCAGUUAUGAUGAAAGUAGAUUUUGGGUUGAGAGCAGCAACAAGGCCAGAACUCCCUUUCUCCACUCCCUCAAUAGUUGGUAAUUGCUUCUCCUUGUAACAAUUUACUUCUUUUCUGCUUUUGCAUGUCUGUUAAAGUUUAGGAAUUCACUAAAUAAGAAAAAAGAACGCCAGUAAGAAAGUUUUCCUGCAACC